AUGUUCGAUGCAAAAAGAUUGUGCUUGGUGCCCGAGCUUAGACAGCAGCUUGCCCGAUUGCAUCAGUAUAAUAGAGACUUACACAACAAUUACCACGACAACUACAGAAGCCACUACGACUACUUCAACAAUAAACAUGACAGCCACCACAACUUUCCCCAAAAUAACAACCACAAUUGGUACAAUAGAGAAUUUCACAAAAAUGACUACAAAAACUACGAAAAUCACUACGACAGUUUCAGCCUCAUCUAUAAGGACAAGAACAACACCAACAUCUACGACUACAUCAACCACGAGACCGACAGCAACCACAAUAUUCCCCAGAACAUCGACCCCAAUCGGUUCGAGAACAUCAAUCUUGACAACCAUAUCGAGCAUCUCUACCUCCUCGACAUCUUCAAUUCUUACGUUUUUAUCGACAACGACCCUUGA